GCGAAGGAAUGUAUUCAUGUACAAUUCCUUUCCUGUAAGAAUUCCGUAAAAAUCCUCGGUUCCAAACGACCCGUUGCGUCAAAUCCAAGAUGAUAAAAGACAUGUCCGUGGCAGUUACGCUCGAACAAGGGUGCCGAAUUUGAAUCUACGCCGGCUGGGGUAUACCUCAGGCACGCGCCGCUUCUUCGAGUCCCGGCGCGUUGCUCUGUACUUCGAUCGAUCGAUUCAACCCACUCACCCCCUUGCGAGGUCGCGAACUCGAUCUCUCUCCCGCACCUCGCUUGCGCUUCGCCGGAGGAGACAGCACGGCCGGGCCGGGGAGCGGCGCCAUGGAGAUCGACCGGGCGGUGAGGGCGAGCUCCGACUCUCGUAUGCGCGCCAAGUAUGACCGCGCCGUCUACGCCAUCCAGCGAGCCUUCGCGCUCUACCCGUUUGACGAAACCGCUUUCAGCUUCAAUGGUGGCAAAGAUUCAACGGUACUUCUUCAUUUGCUUCGGGCUAGCUACUAUCUCCACAAAGUAAGUUCAGGCUGCGGAGAUCAAAUGGAUAACACCAUUCAAAACUGCCCUAUCAGGACCAUCUACUUCGAGGACCCUACUGCAUUUCCUGAAAUAGACGCGUUCACUUACGACACAGCUGCGGUCUACGGUUUGCCAUUGGAGUCUAUCAAUACAGAUUUCAAAUCUGGCCUAGAAGCUCUGUUGAAAGAAAAGCCUAUUAAAGCAAUUUUCCUUGGCACUAGAAAUGGCGAUCCCAACGCGGUUGAUCAAGAACAGUUCUCUCCUAGCUCAGCUAGCUGGCCUCCUUUCAUGAGGGUGAAUCCUAUCUUGAAUUGGUCCUACAGGGAUGUCUGGUCUUUCCUGUUAACCUGCAAGGUCAAAUACUGCAGCCUUUAUGAUCAAGGGUACACUUCUAUUGGGAGCAUACAUGACACUGUUCCAAAUGCAUUGCUGAGCGAUGGGUCAGGCUCGUUUAAACCAGCAUACAUGCUAUCAGAUGGAACAUUUGAAAGGGCCGGUAGAGCAAAGAAGAUCAAUAGCAAAGCAAAAAGUAGUUCUGAUGCAAGAAAGGGCAUGGAUAAAACUAAGCCACGACAAACGAGUCAUUUGUAGUAAAGUACAUUUCAAAGUUCAGGUGAAAUCCACACGUUCUAGGCAGGUCAUAAACUUUGUAAAUCUCAUUGUGCUCGCUUUCUAUCAAGAUCUCAUCGAUGAAACUAUGUGAAUAUU